AAGAAUGACGCAGGUUUCGGGGAAUGCAAAAGGCAACUCCUGCACUUCACGGACAGCAUGCUCCCGACAUACAAUUAUGUUUGUGCAGGCUGCAUCCGUCACGCGACAGCUGCACGUUCGCUUCCGAUAAGAUCCUACACGUCUGUACCGUCCUUUGCCUCCGUACCGUCGAGAACUCUACCAAAACCCUCGUCUCCGCAAACCCCGCUCUCUCAACAUGCAUACAGCACUACAGCACGCCAUGGGCCGUUCCGGCUGGCCAUCAUCGGUAGCGGUCCCGCUGGUUUCUAUACCGCCCAUAAAUUGAUGAAGAGUGUCCAAAAUGCCACCGUCGAUAUGUACGAGCAGCUUCCCGUCCCGUACGGCCUCGUCCGGUUCGGCGUCGCUCCCGAUCAUCCCGAAGUGAAGAAUUGCGAAAACACCUUUGAAGAGGUAGCAGCCUCGGAGCGCUUCAACUACAUAGGGAACGUCAAAGUUGGGCAACAUCUACAUCUCAGGGACAUGAAACCCCACUACGAUGCCAUCCUCUUUUCAUAUGGCGCUUCCGAGGACAGGAAACUCGGUAUUCCCGGAGAGGACCUGCCUGGCGUCUACUCGGCGAGGGACUUUGUGGGGUGGUAUAAUGGACUGCCCGAGUUUCGUGAUUUGAAUCCAGACCUGCAAUCCGGCGAUCAAGCUGUCGUCAUUGGACAAGGAAAUGUUGCGCUGGAUGUGGCACGUAUACUUCUCACCCCAGUAGACACCCUGCGCAAAACCGACAUAUCCACACAUGCUUUGGAAACCCUCUCGGCGAGUAAGAUCAAAUCCGUCAAUAUUGUUGGCAGACGUGGGCCUAUGCAAGCUUCAUUCACCAACAAAGAAGCUCGCGAAUUGAUGAACAUCCCCGAUGUUUCCUUCGCACCAGUCGACCGAUCACUAUUCCCUUCGGAACUGAAAAAGCUCCCAAGAGUACAACGAAGAAUAGCAGAAACCAUCGUGAAAGGAACCCAAACCACCCCCGACGACACCUCCAAAUCAUGGGCCCUAACAUUCCUCCAUGCACCAAAAUCCAUGCACUCUGACACAACAACAAAUCGCAUUGCCAACAUCGAAUUCACAAAAGGCGUCUUCUCCCCAGAUUCAGAUCCCUAUGCAAAAGAUGCCCGCGUCAGUGCUACCACAGAAACUAUGAUGCUCCCCGCAUCCGUAGCCUUCCGCUCAAUUGGCUACAAAUCUGCCCCUCUCCCAGGUCUCUCAGACAUCGGCGUAUCCUUCAACGAGAAGCUAGGUAUGAUCCACGCCGAUUCUUGGGGUCGCGUUCAGACACCCCCUUCUUCUUCCCCCGAAGUCAUCUCGAACGAUGGCGCGCCUGCCCAUGUUCAUGGUUUAUAUUGCGCGGGCUGGGUCAAGCGCGGUCCUACCGGCGUCAUACUAAGCACCAUGGCCGAUGCCUUCGAGUCCGCGGACGUGAUUGCUGCAGAUUGGCAGAGAGGACAGCCAUUUCUGAACACGACGAGCGAUGGGGCCCAAUCUACUGGGCUGGGCUGGGAUGGUGUCAAGGAUGCUAUCAUAGAAUCCGGGACUAGGCCCGUUAGUUGGGCGGACUGGAAACGCAUCGAUGCCGUGGAGCGAGAAAAGGGAAAGGCACUCGGAAAAGAGAGAGAGAAGUUUGUUAGUGUUGAGGAUAUGUUGAGGGUUUUGGAUGGGUAA